AUGUCACAGCCACAAGUCACACCGACGACCAUGGUCGAGGACAUCGUCCGCACCUACCCACGCGACCUCAAGCGACCCAAACUACGAGUGGCCAUCGUCACCGAAAACUUCCUCCCCAAAGUCGACGGUGUCACACGCACUCUCGCCCGCCUUCUCGAACACCUCAACAAUGAAGGUCACGAAGCCAUGGUGCUGGGCCCCGAGACCGGCAUGCGUCAGUACGCCGGCCAUCCUGUCGUUGGCACCUUCGGUGUGCCUCUAAUCAUCUACCCCGGACUCAAGCUCAACUUCAUGCGACCGCGGUUCGUCCGCCGCCUGCAACAAUUCAAGCCGGACGUCAUCCACUUUGUCGAUCCCAUCUGGUUGGGAGCACAGAUGUUGCCCGCCGUGCAAAAGUGGCUGCCCGAGGUACCCUGCGUCUCGUCUUAUCACACCAACCUGCCUACCUACGCGACGCUCUUCGGCAUGCCGUGGCUAGAAAAGACCAUGUGGAACCUAACGCGAAACCUGCACGAUCGAUGCGAGAUCAUCUUUUGCCCCUCGGAAAGCACGCGUCGUAUGUUGAGGGAGAAAGGGUUCAGCAACGUCGAGAUUUGGUCUCGUGGUGUUGAUACCGAGCUGUUCAACCCUCAGGCGAGGGACGAGAACUUGAGGGAGAGCUGGGGUUGCACUCCUAAGCCUGCCAACCUGCGCUUGCCACUUUCGCCUUCAGUGGCUGCUGCUGAUGCGGCCGCCAAGUUUGGCUCGGACCACGCUGCUUUGUCGCACCUGGCCGGAAAGCUCGGUGUAGCUAUCGUACACCCGAACGGAAAGAGGGGAAGUGCUGGUUCUGAGGAUGAGAGUUUCAUCAGGACGCCUCCCACGGCUGCCACUUCUCCCGAAGUCUCCUUCUCCCCACCUCCAGCCUACGACAGUCUCAGCGGACUUCCCGACCUGCCCUCAUCUGCCUUCCUACUUCCACCUCCUGCCCUCCCUGCCGCCAUCGCGAACUCCAUCCCUGCCAACCUGCGCGUCGAGCCCGAGUCCGUCGACUCCAAAACCGUCGUCCUCUACGUCGGUCGCAUCUCGUGGGAGAAGAAUCUACGUCUGCUCAUCGAAGCAUUCAAGCUCCUUCCCACCUCUGUCCGAUCCAAAGCCAAGCUCGUCUUCGUGGGCGACGGACCUGCACGAGGCGACCUCACCCGUCUCUGCAACAAGCUCGAACUGGACGCUUCCUUCAUGGGCCACCAGAAAGGGUCUCGUCUGGCGGCCAUGUAUGCCUCUGCUAGCAUCUUUGCUUUCCCCAGCUUCACCGAGACGUUUGGACAGGUGGUCUUGGAGGCGCUCGCUAGUGGACUGCCCGUCGUAGGGUUGCACGCGGAGGGAACAUCCGAUCUGGUCAGUCAUGGUCGAACUGGGCUGUUGUUGGACGUGAACGCGGUGGCAAAGGGUAGCACGGUAGGCGCGGCUGAUUCCCGACCUGCUACACCUGGUGCUCGCGGCCUCAACAGAAACGACCGCAGUGCUUCCGCCAUCGCCAUCAACGAGUUCGCCAACGCUGCCUCCAACGCGGCCUUCAGCCUCCGCCCGCCCACUUCCCCCACCAAAUCUACCACCUCUUCCACCAACCCUGACACGGUCGGCCUCGCCUCGCGCAUCCCUGCCACUCUCGACUUUAAGGCAUCCAUGACACCCAACACACCAUGGUUCCACCAAUGCGCCAAAUCCUACUCGAUGCUCCUCGAACGACUCAUUCUCGAUCGUCAGACACGAGCACUCAUGGGCCAGAGAGCUGUGCUCCACGCCUCGCGCAAAACCUGGUGGGAUGCUAUGGACGCUCCCGUCCGCGGUUACGAACACGUCAUCACCCAGUCCGGUCUGCAGAACCUGUCUGAUGAUGAGUUGGAGGCUUGGAGGAACAGGCAGAGGAAGAACGCCCCUUUGACAGGUCCAAGGAUCAAGCUGGUGGUGGCGCUGUACGUGAUGUUGUUCGCUUGGUUGCUUUGGUUGCGUUUCUUCAGCAAAUAG